GCGAAGCUCGGUUCUGCUACUCCAGUAAACAAUAAGGAAUGAGCCUCGAAAGUUAGUUUUACAUCGUUAAAACCUGUUAAAAUAUUUGAAAGUCAGCACAGAAAAGAAUGAGUUAGGACAGACACAAGGAAGGGGACACAAAUAGUCCACCUGGAGAGCCUACAGGCUACUAAUAAUUGUUUUUAUAUCUAAUUUGACCAGAAAGCAGCACAGUGUGUGUGUUCUCAAAUACCUCAUAGCGUCGCCUACAGUUUUAUUUAAAGGCUAAAGUAAAACUUCUGAUAUCCACAUUUACUAGUUUAUCAUUGUUUUAUGUACACAAGAAAACUACCAAGAAAGAGUAAUAGUAGUCCAGUAUUGGCCUUGAUAUUUCUUGGUUUUGUGUCAAAAAGAAAAGAAGUGAUGUCGCACAACUUUACAGCCCGCUCAAGUGCACUCCAUUUCCGAGCACUUCCUCAAAGUGUGUGACUGCGGCUGCGUCCCAAACCGCACACCACUCUACUACAUAGUGUCCUGUCAAAGCAGCGGGCCACGCUACGUUACCAUAGUUACCAUAGGUAGCCUGCCUAUUUUGCCGUGUAAUGCACGCGGUUUGGGAUGGAGGCAGUGAGAUUUGUUUGAGAGAAGCGCCAGUGACUCUCACAGCUGUGUGAAGUGUAACCUGUACACGGACAGUGUGUGUGUGUGUGUGUGUGUGUGUGUGCAGACUGGCUGGAGUUACACAUAGCUGAGGAGAUCCUGAUCAAGCAUGUAUGGGCCGUUCAGUGUCCGUCGGGAGCGUGUUCCUGACCUCUCCUGCCUGCAUCAGUACAGUGAGUGGCUGGCCAGCAGGCAUGAAGCCAGCCUGCUUCCCAUGAAGGAAGACCUCGCUCUGUGGCUCAACACUAUUCUGGGAAUUAAUAUAACAGCGGAGAACUUCAUGGACAUGCUGGAGACUGGAGUUGUGCUCUGCCAGCUGGCUGAGGAAUUACAGGAGAGGAUGAUUCUGGCUAGCAAUGGCAAGCCCUUCAUCCGGCGUGUGAUUCACUGGAGAGCUGAUGCAGCUCCUGGUUCAUUUUUUGCCCGAGACAACACAGCCAACUUCCUGUACUGGUGCCGUAAAAUUGGCGUAGGCUCGUCCCAUCUUUUUGAGUCAGAAGAUCUGGUUCUUCGAAGGCAUCCGCGGGAUGUGUGCCUGUGCCUCAUGCAGCUUGGGAGAAUUGCCUCAAAGUAUGGUGUCGAUCCACCUGGUCUGGUCAAACUGGAGAAAGAGAUUGAGAAAGAAGAAUUUGGUUCCUUAUCCCCAUCCAUGUUCUAUGCUUCACCAUUAUCCUCUCCCUACAGUCCUCUUUUCUUUCCCCCUGCUCCAUCACCACCUCCUUCUUCCUCUCCUUGUCCUUUUCCUGCCUCCAUCUCUCCAUCCACACCAUCUGCCUCUCUACCUCCAUCCCCUCCUCCAGACUCCGCCUCUACCCCAGUCCCACAGCCUGAACCUGAGCCUGAGCCUGAACCUGAACCUGAACCUGAACGUGAACCCAAACCUGAACCUGAACCUGAGCCUGAGUCUGAACCUGAGCGUAUCUCACCCAAUCCCCAGUCACCUGUUCAAACACCCACAUCCACCUCCACCUCACGCCACCUGAGUAAAUCCAGUGGAAAAAAGAGCAAAGACAGCCUACUGGAUGAUAUAGUGAAGCAGAUUUCAGAAGAUCCACCAUGCAGAUGUGCAGUCAGGUUCUGCAUUGAGAAGCAGCCCAAAGGCCGCUACAGAAUGGGAGAUAAAGUGCUGUACGUGAGGAUGCUGAAUGAUAAGCACGUUAUGGUGCGUGUUGGUGGAGGCUGGGAAACACUCGGGACGUACCUGCUGAAGCAUGACCCAUGCAGAACAGCUCUGCUGAAAUCCUGCAAGCCCAACAGCAAGUCACACAGCGCCAAGGAGCCUUCACGGGACAGCUACCUGGUUGUAGGCACUACGUCACGCCUCAAAAAACAAAUGUCACAGCCUUGAUUUAUGCAGAAGGUAGCAGACACAAUCAAUCAGCAGUCAUGCCUUGUACAGCUGUCUCUGUUGUAUUAUUGGGUUCAGAGUGGAGAAGUUAACAGGUAAGGCUGAGACAUGGAUCUGGAAGGGAAGCUGAUAGCCCAGGUGGCUUGAAGGUGGAUUCAGCAUUAGUACAAUGGGAAAAUAUUUUUAAAAAAUAUAAAAUAUUAUAAACAAGUGCUUUAUUAAAAUAGCAUAUAUUUCCUUUUUAACCUAAAAGCAUAAGGGCAGGAUCUCUCUCUCUCUCUCUCUCUCUCUCUCAUUUCAGCUGACAUUGUCUGUGUUAAAUUAUGUGUGAUUUUACUCUUGAGAAUGUGUGAAGAAAUGCAUACAUUUCUCAUAUCUGGUGUUCGAUUUGUGGAUCAAAUUUAUCAUCCACAAUGAUAAUUCUGAUAAACUAUGCAAUGCAUGUCAGUUCACCUUAGAUUUACACUGUAACUUUUUUUUUUUUUUAAAUCUAAUACUCAACCUCAGUACAAAUAUUUUACUUCAAUCUUUUGUUUAUGUCUAGCAUCUGGAUGAAUGUGUAAAAUUAUGCAGUUGAGUGGCUAAUUACCUAUUUUUGUUUAAGAA